GUUACUGCGUGUGAUGAGGGGCUAAAUUAAAAGUGACAAUUGCUUUACACUCUUGACAGGCGCAUCUGUUGGAUGAAGCGUAGAAAAUACAUUUGCAUUAUAAGAAGCGAAAUAUAAAUAAAAGCUCGGGGCUUGAGUGUGCCAAAAGGAUAUUCAUAUCAGAUACUUCAGCAAGAUUUUCACAUUCCAAUUGCAUUUAGUUGUUUUAUUCUUUCUGGAAUAAAUAUCUUAUAAAUCGUUUACAAUAAAACUUUUACAAUUUGACUGGAUUUUAACAGUACCAGAUUUCUGUCGUAAAUUAAGAAAACAAAGAACUGCUCAAGGCCUUUAGAUUUCUUGAGGCCAACGUUCUCUACUUAGAAGUCCUAGCGUAAGAUCUCAGACUAAAGAUUAAAAAUCUACAGCAUGUCUUCAAACAGGAAACUGAUUCUAGUUCUGCUCAGCGUCUUUGUUACUGGAGCAUUCUCCACGUCUGUGAUGUGCAGUCCACAGAACCAAAACCCUUGUACCAAUUUCCCGGAACUCUGCUCUGCCAACGGCGCUCGAUGUGAAGUCAAGGGCCCAUGUGAAUAUGAAUGUGUCUGUCCAGUAGACGCAAAAGGAUGUAUAGGAACACAACAGGCAAGUGCGGACAGGUCGGACGUCAGGCCCCUACAGUCUGAGAGCCUCUUGAUUUUUACCAUGGAUCUUUUUAACGAUUUCCCGCCUGUAAAAAAAGUACCAGUAAACAAAACUGCAGCACCGGACACUACCACAACAGCAGCAGUACCGACAACCACAGCUUCAACGUCCACCACAACUUCAACGACCACUUCUAAGACUACCACUACAGUGCCAGCAUCUACCACGACCUCAACAACCACAACGACCACUCAGAGCAACGCCCCCAUAUUUCAGGCGUCCAUGGUUGAACGUCACUUUGUUAAAAGCAACGAAGUUCAGGACGAUUUCGACUCUCUAGUCACCCAGCCUGAGAAUGUCACAUCGAACGAUGAUCAGAUGGUCAACAGUUCCGAUUCGUUCCCCGGGUUGAUCGCAAUAUUGUCAACCCCAAGCCCCACUGCACAAAAUGUCAAGCCUUCUAGCGUUUCCCCGAAUCAGGAUAUAAAGCAAAUCUUAGAAACCAUCAAAAGUUCAUUUCAGCUUCUAACAUCUCACUUAAUAGGAUCUGAAAACCGACUGACUCCAACAGUUCAGACAUCGACACCUGCUUCGAAUGCUGCUGCCCCAUCCACUGCUCGUGCUUCUUCCACUUCAGCGGCCCCAAGAUCAUUCACAACGACAAUUUCAACCAAUGACAGCAGUCUUCGCACAGAUUUGAAAACAGCAUGACGAGCUGACCAGCGGUUGUAGAAUAAUAAUUAUAAUAAAAACAUUCCACCAUUCGUUGAAACAUGCAGCUUGGUAGUAUGUUGAAUUUCCAAUAUUUGUUUCUGUCUGCAAAGUUUGUUCGGUCAGAUGAGGUCAGAAUUAACAAAAUAUACAAACUUGCAUAAUGCAACGUCUAUGUGUGCCCGUUAUAUUAGUAGUUAAAGUAAUCUAUUUUUCUUUUACUUUUUAUAAAUGUAAAAUUGGUUUACAUCAUCUAUAUUAAAAAAAAUUAAAAACAUAAAAAAAUAUGACAUUGUAUACAAAACUUUUUCUGAAAGAACAACGACAUGGCUAAUUUUGAAAACGUGUGCUAUAUUCACUAAAUAUAAAUUGUGAUUUUAUUUUCACUCCAGAUUAGUAUAAACCUAGAUCUAGUAUUAAGCCCCAAGCUACCUGGUGUCUUAGACUAGAACAACAUAAAGAAAUACACUAUUCGCUUAGCAGCAAGCACACAAUCUCCCUUGAUACCAAUACUCCCCUCUGAGAUCGGUACAGUUGAUCGUCUGCAAAGCUAACCCAAAAGCUACGGAAACAUUUGUCCACGACUCAGCCGCACACUGAGAGCAACGCCUACCGCAAUGCAUGACUUUUCAAAAGUCAUUCCAGACUGAACUCUAUGCAUCAGAAUACAGCAGUCUUUGAAUGUCCAGUGCAAUGCCUCCGUGACUUGAUUAUUGUUUGUUGUAUUUGUUUGUAUCCAUGCCAUUUGUUAUUGCUUUCGUUAGUUCUUAAUUAUUUAUUUACAUUUCUUAUUUGUAAUUUACUAAAAAUUAGAUAUAAAUGCAAACCUCGUGAACUGCCAAUAAAUCGUAACAUAUAUAUACAGGAAAAAAGAAAAAAAAAGUUGGGGGGGG